CUCUUUAUCUAAGGCAAAGGAUGGAUAGCAUAGUUCUUGACAUCCAAAGCAAACAAUAUGUCUAAAGAGGUUGACUCGCUCCAUACUUUGGAGAAGAGUUCAUUUGACAAGCCAUUGAAUGGAGACAAUGAUGCUGCUGGUUCACUUUCUAAGCAAUAUAAAGUUAUUUCUUCAAGAGAUGCUGAUGUCACACUCAAAUUCCAGGAGGAAUGGGAUUCACAGGUACCAGAGAUUACUCCAGAACAAGAGGCCAAACUCUCGAGAAAGGUGUCUUGGUACAUUGUUACAUUCACUGCCACUGUGAACCUCAUGCUUUACAUGGACAAGGCAACUUUGUCAUAUGCAGCCAUCUUGGGACUCUUUGAGGACACAAAUCUCACAACAGGAGAAUACAAUAACGCCAACACUCUAUUUUAUGUUGGCUUUAUCCUUGGACAGAUACCAGGUGUGUACCUUCUGCAAAAACUCCCCGUGGGUCGUUAUCUUACGGGCUUGACAGUAUCGUGGACUUUAAUCAUCUUUCUAAGUUGUACCAUGCACAAUUUCCAAGGUGUUUACGCUGUUAGAUUUUUCCUAGGCCUUGUCGAAGCAGUUGUCGUUCCAAUCUUAAACAAUACCAUGGGUCAAUUUCUCACAUCGAAGGAAAAGGCUGCUGCUGCACCAUUAUUCUACUCCACUUGUCUUGGUGUGACAAUUCCAGCUGGUUUCAUCGCCUACGGUGUAAUAUACGCCGAGAAUACGAUAUCUGGUUGGAAGAUUUUUAUGAUUAUUAUUGGUGGACUCACUUUCAUUAUGGGUAUCUUUAUCUUCUUUUUCUAUCCUGACAACCCAACAAAUGUUAAGGGUUUCUCGAUCGAAGAGAAGAUCUGGAUCAUUCGUAGAGUACAGAAGUCUACAGGAUCAUCCAUCGAGCAGAAAUAUUUCAAGAAGUACCAGGCUGUAGAGGCAUUGAAGGACCCAAUAACAUGGCUUUUUUUCGGCUACAUAUUCUUUUCUCAGUUGGCUAACAAUUUGCCGUAUCAACAGAAUCUUUUGUUUGAAGAGAUGGGCGGUAUUUCAAAUUUGGAUUCGACCUUGGUUUCAGUUGCAUCUGGUGGGUUCGCAGUUGUGUGCUGUAUCCUCUCUUGGGCUUUCAUGUGGAAAUUUCCAAACACCUCUGCAUUUUCCGCGAUCUUCUGGACCAUCCCAUCAUUUGUUGGUUCAAUACUCGCUGUUGCUCUCCCAUGGGACAAUAAGAUCGGUAUUCUUGCCGCUCUCUGUCUCGCUUCUCCGGUGUUUGGUAUCCCUUACAUCAUUAUGUUCUCAUGGAAUUCAGCAACAGCUUCUGGCUACACAAAGAAGAUGGUUCGUAAUGCUACGAUAAUGAUAGCCAUGGGUAUUUCCAACCUGAUAUCUCCGCAGCUAUGGAGAUCCAACGACUCUCCACGUUACAAGAACGCAUGGAUCGUUCAGAUUGUUUUGUCAUUUAGUGCUGCUCCAUUUUUAUGCUUUGUCAUUUGGUGGAUAUUGAAAAAACGUAACACUGAGCGUUUGGCAGAAAUGGAUAACAGUGAAAAGGUUGGUGUCAUCAAAGACGAAGAUAAAGAAGUUGUCGUGAAUCUGGCUACAUUGGAUUUGACAGACUUGGAGAACAAGACCUUUUUGUAUCCACUUUGAGAAUCUGUUUUAGUAUAGUGGGGUAGAUUUGAAGCGAGUCAGUUGUUUAAUAUGGUUUAAUAUGUCCUCACAACUACAACAACUGCAGCCCAACUAUUACCGCUGUUUAUAUACAUUCAACAUGUCGCAGGAAAUAUAACAUCCGUGUUGAAUACAAACAUAUAACGAAAGCAUGCCUUACUUA